AUGACCCUCCUUAUUCUCGAUACCGAUGUUGCUCCUGAAAGCCUUUCCAAGCAAACGGCCACCGCAUUAAGUGGUGAUCGGGGCCGUAUCUGGGCUGACAAAGGACUGAACUUUAUUGUAUCCGCGGACGGUCGAUUAUCGGUUCAUGCAGAGCAAUCUACUUUAGAUCCGACUAUCCUCGCAUCUGUGCUCGACUAUCUACAGUGUGGCGACAACGCAAAUAUGUAUGACAAUGAAGGCAAUGCCAUUGAAAUGCAAGACACAGAUAUUCACUCUCAGUUACCUGAACACCUUUUGUGGGACACUGACAAAUUAUCAAAGCUCUUUGGCUCAGCUGAAAAAACUGCUAAAUUGAAUGCCAAAAUGUCGUCUGUCCGUGUCCUGAAAGUGAGCACUUACGGAAGAUCGACUGUGAAAUCUGUCGGACUCAGCUGUGAUGGUUUUGUGCAGAUCGCCCUCAACUACGCUUUCUACCUUCACACUGGCAAAUUUGCCCUAUCCGCGGAGACCGUGCCAACCCGCCUUUUCAGCAAAGGACGAACAGAAACCCUGAGACCCCUGACAAACGAAAUGGUCGACUUUAUACGGUAUCGUCUGACUUUGCUUCCGCCCCUCCCCAAAAAUAACCUCGUUUCUUUGUGCCUUGUAUUAUUUUCGCACGCUAUCGUCUCUAUUUGUGUUUGUGAGACUGUGGACAAACAAAAUGGUCUUUCCGAUCAUUCGGAUGCUCGUGACCAGUGUAUUCAAUUACUGAAAACAGCCUGUCGUCGACACCAGUGGCUUCUCCUUCAUGCCAUGACUGGCAAAGGUGUUGACCGUCACCUUCAUGCGCUGAAUCUGGCUACUCAGUUACGUACUUGUGAGCGUUGUGACAUCCUGGAUACUGUGUUGCAACUGCCCUGGGAUAUGGCAUCAUGCCGGAUUCCAGCCACCGCCGACGCCAAUACCGCCUGGCUGAUUGGCCUACCCCCCUACCAGAAUAUUCCCUACACCAUCUCUUACUCCUGUCCCGACUCCGACGAGUUUAUUCUAUGCGUGAGCUCACCGCCAAGGGAGAUCAAGGAACCCGUCUUACAAGCUUUCAUGGAUAGACUACAGCAGGCGUUUGACAGUCUGUUACUUCUUAUCUCAUAA